GGCAUGCUAGGGCCCAACCGGUGCUGUAAAAUACUCAAAUACAUUGUUAAAAUUCGCCAGAAAUUCGCAAGCCAGCGAAAAUUGAGGAAUAACCAAAGGUAAACAACACAAGCCAAGUGCGCGCGUUGCGUUAACAACAAAUUAACGAUGUAUAUAUGAGAAAAGUGCACGCGGCACACGCAGACGACACUUGUCACCACAGAGGAACCAAUACUACAGCGUAUUUAACACGCACACACACACAAUCACGGAACACACUCACACGAAAGCAGAGAAUAAGCAAUGGGCCUCGACUUUGAUGUCGUGGAGUACUGUAAAGGUGUGAAAACAAAACAGUCGCUACCGCCAUUUGGUUGUCCGGUGCGCGACUGUGAUCGCAGCUACAAGACGCUCGUUGGCCUCCAGGGCCAUCUCACCAACUACGAUCACGACAAUCCGCAACCCUUGACGCCCAUACUGAAGCCCAAUCGAAAAAAGGCGCGCUCAUCUCGCGCUCUCCAUUCUACGCCCAAAGGCAAUGACAGCGGCAGCGGCGGUGGUGAUGGUGGCGGUAUCGGAGGUGGUGGUGCCACCAAGAACAACGAUAGUGAAUUUUCCAACGCUGCCCAUCGCAACGUUCACUGCAAUCCCGAAUCCCUUGUGUCGUACAAUGAACUGGAGGCCACGGUCACCUUUAACAUCGAUGGAAAGAGCGUGCGACUGGGCAUCGAUGAUCCGCUACCCAUCGUGGAUGACGAAGAGUUUGUGCGACUGGUGGAGCGCGGUUGCAUAUUAAAUGCGGAUGCGCCGCCGCUGGAGGAGAAGGCGUCGUGGGCCAAGGUGCAGGUGCCCGUGGCGAAUGUACGUGAAAUUGCUGACUACCAUGUGCCUGAUGCUCCAGUUCGUCCGCUGGCCUAUUAUCGUUUCAUUGAGAAGUCUGCCGAGGAGCUGGACGGCGAGAUCGAAUACGAUGUGGAUGAGGAGGACUCCGCGUGGCUGGAGCAUAUGAAUGAGCAGCGGGCCAAGCAGAAUCUCAAUGCCAUUGGCAUCGAUACCAUGGAACUGCUGAUGGAUCGCCUCGAAAAGGAAUCACAUUUCCAAGCAGCGGCCAAUGGCACGCCCACGGGCGUAGAGGUCGAUGACGAUGCCGUCUGUUGCAUUUGCCUCGAUGGCGAGUGCCAGAACACCAACGUGAUACUCUUCUGCGACAUGUGCAACCUGGCUGUGCAUCAGGAUUGCUAUGGCGUACCCUAUAUACCCGAGGGUCAGUGGCUCUGUCGUCGUUGCCUGCAAUCGCCCAGCAAGGCGGUUAACUGUGUGCUCUGUCCCAAUGCCGGUGGCGCCUUCAAGCAGACGGAUCACGGGCAAUGGGCGCAUGUUGUGUGCGCCUUGUGGAUACCCGAGGUGCGUUUCGCCAACACCGUGUUCCUGGAGCCAAUUGAUUCUAUUGAGACCAUACCGCCUGCUCGCUGGCGUCUCACGUGCUAUGUGUGCAAGGAGAAGGGCCUGGGCGCGUGCAUUCAGUGCCAUCGGAACAGCUGCUAUGCCGCCUUUCAUGUGACGUGUGCUCAGCAGGCGGGCCUCUAUAUGACCAUGGACACGGUCAAGGAUGGCCACAACGAUAGCUCGGUGCAUGUGCAGAAGUUCGCCUACUGCCACGCCCACACGCCCGCCGAUGCCAAGCUAAAGACCAAUGUGCCCGACUUCGAGGACACGCGCCUCAAGAUGCGCGAGGCACGCAAGGCGCUGGCCAAGAAGCGUUCGACGGCGCCGGUGGUCUUGAUACCCACGAUACCACCGGAUCGUGUGCAGGAAAUUGCGAGCAUGGUGCACAUGCAAAAGAAGAAGGAGUUCCUCGAUCGCAUCAUUGCCUACUGGACGCUCAAGCGACACUAUCGCAACGGUGUACCUCUGCUGCGACGCCUCCAGAGUCAAGGCAAUAAUCAUGGCGUGAUUCAGCGCAACGGGAUCGAGGGCUCGCCGGACACCAAGGAGCUGUACCGACAGCUUAAGUACUGGCAGUGUUUGCGACAGGAUCUGGAGCGAGCGCGACUGCUGUGCGAGUUGGUGCGCAAGCGGGAGAAAUUGAAGGUGGCCUUCGUUAAGAUCUCCGAGGAGGUGGUAAUGCUACAGCUGAAUCCCUUGGAGUCGGCGCUGGGCAAGCUGCUGGAUGCGCUGGAGACACGCGACACCAUGGAGAUCUUUCGGGAGCCAGUGGACACCAGUGAAGUGCCCGAUUAUAUGGAUAUUGUGAAACAUCCCAUGGACUUGGGCACAAUGCGAACGAGGCUCAAAGAUUGCCGCUAUACAUCGCUGGAACAGCUGGAGGCAGACUUUGAUCUGAUGAUACAGAAUUGUUUGGCGUACAACAACAAGGAUACGGUGUUCUAUAGGGCAGGCAUACGGAUGCGCGAUCAGGCGGCGCCAUUGUUUGUACAGCUGCGCAAGGAGCUGCAGCGCGAUGGACUGCUGGAGCGCAAUCAGCGCUCGCAUGUGGAUCAUGUGGAGGGCGAGGUGGAGCAGGAGUUGCGACAGCUGCUGGCGGCGCCACCCAGCGAAGAUGUUGUACAAAAGUUGCUCAUACUCGCCGACAAGUCGCAGGUGCUUAAGAAUCCCAGCUAUCGCACCAAGAAGAUCAAGCAGAUUCGCUUGGAAAUCACGCGGAUGCGCAAAGCGCUGCAAAAAGCGCGCUUUGCAGCGCGACAUGCGGCACAUGCGCAUUCCCAGACCGACGACGAUGAGGACGAGGAUACGGGCGUGACGCCGUCCAAGAAACGCACACGCAAACGCCUCAACAGCAGCGCCAUGGAUUUGGACGAGUCACAGGAUAUGCAGGUGCAUCACAACGAUGACGACGAGGACGAUGACGAUGACUCCGAAGAUGAUUCAAUGGCCGAAGAUAGUAUCAGCAAAAAUGCUGGCCAUAUGGCACAAACGCCGCCCUGCAGUCCCGUCAAGAGUCUCAACAACAGCAGCUCUCCCGUGGGCAUUAAUCGAAGGACGGCAAUACUGUUGACGCGCAAGGCGCAAGCGGCGCUCAAGCGACCCUCGGAGCAACUGACAACGCCCGUCAAGGAGGAGCAUCACAAUUCUCAGUCAUCCAGCGCACAGUCAACGAGCGCCAGCUCGAGUUCAACAACGACGGCAGCCACAGCGGCAUCCAGCAUGCUGAAUGCAUCGCUUGCGACUGCCACGCCCACGGCUGCCAGCAACUUUGCGUUGACGCACAACAGCACAAUGGCUGCCGGAGUUGCGGCCGCUGCAGCAGCUGCCUCUAGCCUGACGCCCACGACGUUGUCGGUCAAUAACAAGCUUAGCUUAAGCCUGGGUGGCAGUCUGGCGCUGGCCAAGUCACCGAAGCGACCUGCGCGCUAUCGUCGCCUGCCCUCGAUGUCGCCAAAGAAGUCUCCGAAUCCAGCGGCAACGCAACCAAGUGCUGCGGCAAUUGGAGCAACAGCUGCAGCUGCCGUGGAAGCUGUGCCCUUUGAGCGCAUACCGGAUAGCUUUCGAGUCUAUAGAGCGAACAAUCAGCGCGACGUCAGUGAUAGCGACGAUGCGCCCUCACAGUCAAGCAGUCCCUGCAGCAGCUGCUCCGACUUUAGCAUGUCCGGCAGCUGCUCGGACUUUGACAGCGACGAGGCGAGCGACGGCGAUGCGCAUAGCGAUGAUGGUGAUUCCGACAGCAUGAAGGGCAAUGUGAUGAACGAUGACUCGCAAGGGGAUUGCACAACGGAUGCCAUGGACUUGCAGCAUGCCACACUGAAUAAUACGCAGGGCAACGGCAACAUGGCCAUCAGCAGCAGUGACAGCAGUUCGGACAGUGACGAUGAGAAUAGUGCCGACAUGCUGGAUGCCAAUGCGUUGGCCAAACAGCGAAUCACACGCAGCACGCCAACACCCACGCCCUUGCAGGGGCGGGGCGGUGCAAUGGCUGCGGCCAGAGGACGUGGUAAGCGACGCAGUAAUCUCAGUGAAUCGACCAGCUCGACAGCAACGCCGCCGCCACUCAUACGCAAGGCCGGCAAGCUGAGAUCAGCGACGCCGAAUGCAUCGCCACUUGUAAAUAACAUAAAAUCGCGACGCAGCACGAUGACAGCGAGCGGCGGUCACAACAAUAGCAGCAGCACAGCCAUGACAACGACGCUGACGAACAACAACAAGAGUAAGCUGCAUCAUGAACUGGAGGAGACGGCAACGGUAGGUGUGGCUGGCGACUUGCUGGUGCGGCACAACAGCAGCUCACAGAAGGCAUCGCUAGAGCCGCUGCAGCUGGUGUGGGCCAAAUGUCGUGGCUACCCUUGGUAUCCGGCGCUUAUCUUGGACCCCAAGACUCCUAAGGGUUUCGUGUACAAUGGAGUGCCAUUGCCGGCGCCGCCAACGGAUGUGCUGGCGUUGCGCAAGAAUUGCAUCGAUGACGUUGUCUUUCUGGUGCUGUUCUUCGAUGUGAAACGAACGUGGCAAUGGCUGCCGGCGAAUAAGCUGGACAUCCUAGGCAUUGACAAGCAGCUGGAUCAGCAGAAGCUCGUUGAGUCACGCAAGCCCGCGGAACGGAAGGCCGUGAAGAAGGCCUAUCAGGAUGCGCUGCUUUACCAGAGUCAGGUAUCCGAUCUAGAGGGUCAAGGGCCCGAUCCCAUCAUGUGAAAGCUGUUUGCCCAACUGCAUUUGACGGUCAACUGUUAACCUGUUGAAUGUGCCGCCGACGCCCCCCGCCUUGUAAUUAUGUUAAAUCCAUAUUCGUUCCAUUACGAAUAUCAUUUCGAUUCGCUCUCGAAAUUGCCCAGCCAUAUGCAGAGUUAAGAAGGAACUCGGAUCGGAUCAGAUCGGAUGAAAGUGAGCUGAGCUGAGCUGGGAGCUAUUUGUAUUGUUACUGAAAAGGCCCUCCAUUAGUGUAUUUCGUUUACAUGCAUAUUUACUUUACUCUAUAUAUACGAUCAUUUCCUGUUUUAUGGGUAUUUCGAAUUCGAAUACGAUUUUCGAGUUUUCCACUCUUCGAAUUUCCAAUUUACACUGCAAGUGGCAAUUUUCUUUGUUUUGCUUUUAAACUCGCUUCUUAAACAAAAAUCUAUUGAAUUCUUAAUUGUACAAUUUUGUAAAGUUUAAUUCUUUCCCUUCAUCCUUUUGCAUAAUAGAGACAACAAGAAGAACAGCAACAAAUGGAAUUUAAAACCUCAAGACGUUUCACUAAAAAUCAAAUCAAUGUUUAAGUUAAAUAGUUUUAAGCAAACAAAAUCAAGAAAUUAGAAAAUAGUUAAGCGUAUAAAAAAUUGAAAAAAAAAAAAACAAAAAUUAUGUAAAAAGCAGCGACAACAUUUACAAAUAGCAUUAAAUUGUGUAUGUCAGUACGAGUGAGAGUGUGCCUGUGUAUAUGUGUGUAAAGUGUAUGCAUGUAUUUGUGUGUGUGUAUGUCUAUUAAGCGUGUUCCGUUUAUAAUUUCCGUAUGAACAAAUAUGCAAAAGUUUGAUUAUUAUUACGAUGUAUUACGACGACGAUGACGAUGAUAGUGAAGAUAACGCGACGAUUAUUAUUACUAUUAUCAUUAUUAUUAUUAUCAUUAUUAUUAUUGUCAUUAUUAUUAUUAUAAUUACAUUGUGUAAUUAAUGCAAAUUAUUAGGGUUUAAGUGAAAAGCGUAGACAAUUAAGUAUUGUAGUAGUUGCCCGUAACAAGAUUGAAUAUUGUUUAAAUUUAACGGUAAAGUAAAGUGCAGAAAAUAAAUGUUUUAAA